AUGGAGCCGGGUGGUCUGCGACAACCGCAGAUGGGGGUGGAGGUGGCCGUGGUGUUCAGGGGCUGUGAGACUUGGAGGAUCAGUGCAACGCUGGUGAACUUGCACCGUGCGUCGUUGCCGUUUCGGCUCGAUCGUUGCCAGUUUGGCGAGUCGCCGAUCCCGUCGAAGACGGGCUUCCGCGAAAAGCCGCGACACGACUCGUGGGUCCAGGGGGACGUGGCUUGGCUGCGUGUUGAGAAUGUGGUGUUCAAGUUGAUCCAGAUAAACUUUGGCCAAGAUGUGACAGGCUUGAUUUGGUUCCUAAUCUUGCCGCCGGAAACUACUGCGGACGGUGGUGCCUUGGAAUGUCCGUGUCUCAACAGUACAAGCGCGCAAUAUGCGGCGAUUUCAGCGGCAUCUGUGUCGAGAGGCCUGUCUGCCACCUAUGGUCUUGAAGGAUGUAAGGCCUACGAUGCGAACAUUUCCUUGACGGGCUGUGAUGGAGCUUCUCCGCCGGAGCACUGCGGCAAUUUUUGGUGUUACAUCGACUUGGACCUAUGCCCCAAGAGAGAUGAUCUGUGUAUCGCCAAUGGUGGCGUGCCGGGCUCAUACACGUCUCCGUAUUGCCGUACAAGGGAUUAUGUCUCGUCGGAGUCGUCUCCCGGGUACCUCAGCUAUGAGACCUGUGGAUCCAUCAAUGUCUACAAUGUGAGCCUACUCACUGCAGAUGUCGAAGGUCAUGUCUUGUAG